AUGGCAGAAAGCCUUUCAAAAUCAAUACGCUCCCUAAGGAGAGCCAUCACACGGAAAGGACAGAACGUCAACCUUACAUGUAUUGCCCAAAGCUUGUCUCCCGUUCAAGUCAUAUGGAAAAGAAAUGACAAAGUAUUAGUCAGCGGUAUUUCUCAAGCCAUACUGACCCUAAGAAAUAUCACAGCUGAAGACUGCGGCGAUUAUGUUUCUGUCGCUAAAAACGCCGCCGGAGAAGAUACUAGGACUGUUAUCCUACUAGUACUUCCGGAAAGCCCAACCAUACUGAAUUCAGACAAAAUAGUGACCAGUCCCAACUGGACGCUACGAUGGUCAGCGGCUGAAAGUGAAGGAGAGCUGCAGGUGACGUAUACAGUUUGGCAAAAACGUGAUGGUGAAGAAUCAUGGCUACUGGAAAAUAUUACAAGAAACAUAUUUCACAUUGGACUUGAGGAUAAUGCAUCUUACUCGUUCUUGGUGAAAGCUUGGAACAAAUGUGGAGACAGUAUGUUGGACAGAAACAAAAUGCUGAACAUAUCCACCGACUUUGAAGACAACGUUACACAAGUAAACGACAUAAAGACUGAGACUACACUGACUCCAUUCUCCAGCAGCGGACAAAUAGACGUCGAUUCCUCGUGGAAAAUUGAUUUCAUCAUUUUAAUAGUAGUGGGCAUCAUAAUUUUAAUGUUAAUUGCAAUUGUGGUUCUGCGGAAAAAAAUUAUCCAAGACAAAGAAGAUGGUCAAAAGUCGGUGGUUAACGAGGAUAAUUACCUCGCCGCUUCGGGGCUUGGUAAACAUCCACCACCAGCAUUCAUCUACCACAAAACGUUAUCUACUACGGCUCAUGAGAGUUCUACAAAAACAGAACCAGUGACGACAGUGGUGACUUCACUGGGACUUUCACAAUCCUCGCUGACGAGAGAACAACCAGUAUCAGCAAUAGUGGCUAACACUGAGGAAGGAACAGGAGAGACGCCCGAGAUGAGCUCCGUUGCUGCUGCAUGCUCCUCUGGUCAGCAGGUCAUGUCCUUAACGACGUUUUCCUCACGUGAAAAUUAUGAGAGUUCUUCAGAAAGAGAACCAGUGACGACAGUGUUGACUUCACUGGGUCUUUCACAAUCCUCGUUGACGAGAGAACAACCAGUAUCAGCAAUAGUGGCUAACACUGGGGAUGAAACAAGAGAGAGACCUGAGAUGAGCUCCGUUGCUGCUGCAUGCUCAUGUGGUCAGCAGGUCAUGUCUUUUACGACGUGUUCUUCACGUGAAAAUUAUGAGGCGUUGCACAACUCCACUGAAGUGAACGCCCAAGUUGCAGCAGCUCCAAAUGCAGGGAAUGAAAACAUUGUCCAAGUUCAAGAGGAAACAGUCCGACGUCCUGACACGUUCAGAGAGAACAAACCUCCAAAUAACACAACUCAAGGAGUGAAUCAUUCGGAAGAUUACCUGCAACCGGUGGAGCACUUACACUUACAAGCUGCGUUUCAAAACGGAAAUAGCUCCCGAUGUUGUCGUGGAAAGAUACAAACCUUGCCUCAAGGUCGUCCUGUACCUAAGCCCAGAGGAAAAUUGUCCACGUUUGCAGGAAUGACGUCAAAUUCGCGCAGGCAAGGGGUUCAACAACAAGCAGAUGUCGAACGAGUUAACCAAUCAAGGUUCUGCACUCCUCAUCCGAGAGUUCUACAAGGAGAACACAGUUAUCUGAAUGAUAGAUGUGCAGCAACCCCGUAUGAGAGCCCAAGUUAUCCACAAUCAGUUUUACCUUCUACUUCCAGGAGGGAGUCACCAUACACGAAAGUGCAGAACAACACCAACUGGGAAGUGCCCGGCAAACGCUUGAGACUAUUUAAAAGGAUCGGCGGUGGAACAUUCGGUCAAGUGUGGGAAGGUGCUGUAUUGGAUGUGCGUAAUACUCAAGGCUGGUCUAUUGCAGCUGUUAAAAUGCUAAAGGAAAAUUCCUCGAAGUCGGAUCGAAUGGAUUUGUUGUCAGAGCUGGACUUGUUGAAGAAACUUAAACCCCAUCCUAACGUGAUACAAUUGUUGGGCUGCUUGACAAAAGACAUACUCCGAUGUAAAGGAGGGCGUGAAUUUAGGCCGCCUCUUGUUAUUCUGGAGUUUGUCCCUCAUGGUGAUCUCCUUGGAUAUCUAAAGAAAAGUAGAGGCGAGACAGAUGACUACUACGACGUUGAAUGCGCAGAAACUUCAUUGAAAAUACCAACAGAACAACUUUACAAAUUCGCUUGUGAUAUUGCACGGGGAAUGGCGUUCAUAUCUGCUCAUCAGUUCGUUCACCGAGACUUAGCAGCGAGGAACGUGUUGGUUGGCGAGGGUCUGCGCUGUAAAAUCACUGACUUUGGAAUGGCAAGAGAUCUUGGCAAAGAUAAAAUUUAUGUCAGGAGGUCGAAUGGAGUUGUACCAGUGAAGUGGAUGGCAGUUGAAUCACUAACAAAACAAGUUUUUACCACAGAAAGUGAUGUGUGGAGUUAUGGCAUCGUCCUACAUGAGAUAUUCACACUCGGGGGGAACCCUUACGAUGGAAUGAGCGGACAUGAAGUAUUUACAUACGUGUCGCAUGGUCAUAAAUUGCGAAGGUCGUCAGGCGUGAGCCGAGAAUUGUAUAAAUUGAUGCUUCAGUGCUGGGACCAAGAGCCAUCUAGGCGACCGACAUUCGAAUCAAUUACGUCGUGGAUGGAAAAUUUAGCGCAUCCUCACUGUACAGAAAGUCGGAAUACCUCCCAAAUUAUAAGCUGGGCGUAAUGUAUAUCAAUGAACUUUUACCUACUAACAAGGUUGGAACAGAAAAUACUUCAAUGCCAACAGGGAAUGGAAGUCUUGAUAAAUUUUUCUGGCUUUAAAUUACUAUGUUAGCAAGAGAAGAUAAUCCUUUCUUGAUGUUAAUCGCGGUUCAAGGUUUUUCCUUUAGUUACGUUAUCCAGCAAAGAGGUUGGAAUCAAUUAUUGUCUAUAUUUUUACAUCACAGAAUCGAUACAAAUAACAAUUCCUAGGUUGGACGGCAUUCAUAUAGUAAUGCUUAUGUUUGUUUUAUAGCUGUACA